AGGCUCACACGGACUACAUCCGGUACAUCGCCAUCCACCCUACGAUGUCCUACCUGCUCUCCUGCUCGGACGACAUGUCGAUCAAGCUGUGGGACUGGGACAAGAACUGGGCCAACAGUCAGGUGUUCGAGGGCCACGCGCACUACGUUAUGAUGGUCCACUGGAAUCCCAAGGACUCCACGAUCUUCGCGUCAUGCUCACUGGACCGGUCGAUCAAGGUCUGGGGAGUUAGCGGCGGCAACUCCACGGCCCACUUCACCCUGCAGGGCCACCAGCGGGGAGUGAACUGCGUAGAGUACGCGCCGACUGGUGAGAAGCCCUACCUGGUGUCUGGCUCCGACGACAGAACGGUGCGCAUCUGGGACUACCAGACCAAGCACUGCAUCCAGACCCUCAGUGGCCACACCAACAACGUCUCGGCGAC